AUGUUUCAACCAAGAAGUGGCCUCAAGGUGGACAAGGCCAUCAAAUCGGGUGACCCCAAGCACCUCAUUCUGGACGAGGUGGUCAUCAGGGACGCUGCUGCGCUCCAGCAGGCGGACAGCACCUCGUUCUGGACGGGUUGUUCACACGGAUGUGGCACUACUGGUCAUGAGCUCUUGUGGGCUCAGUCCGGUGCAAAGGUGUGUAAGUGGGUGCCUGAGUAUGGCGUGGAUGGGGCAUUGAUGGGGCAGCAGCAGGUGGACAUCACCUCAUUCUGGACGGGUUGUUCACACGGAUGUGGCAGUGCUGCUCAUGAGCUCUUGUGGGCUUAUUCUCCCUCCUUGAUCCUCCCUCACCUGUCCGCCCUCCUGCAUCCUCUCGCCCCCAUCGCCCCUCACUCCCCUCUCUCCCCCACCUCAGGGCCUUCCUUGGUUCAUAAAAAACUACUGCUCUCCGCCCCUUACCCUCUCUCCUGUCCCCCACCCUUGCAUUUCACCCAUCCUCUCUCCCCCUCCCUCCCUCCCCCUUCCUCCCUCCCCCAUCCUCCCUCCCCCAUCCUCCCUCCCCCAUCCUCCCUCCCCCAUCCUCCCUCUCCCUUCCUCCCUCCCCCACCCUCCCUCCCUCCCCCUUCCUCCCUCCCCCAUCCUCCCUCCCCCAUCCUCCCUCCCCCAUCCUCCCUCCCCCAUCCUCCCUCCCCCAUCCUCCCUCUCCCUUCCUCCCUCCCCCACUUCCCUCCCCCUUCCUCCCUCCCCCAUCCUCCCUCCCCCAUCCUCCCUCCCCCAUCUUCCCUCCCCCAUCCUCCCUCCUCCUUCCUCCCUCCCCCAUCUUCCCUCCCCCAUCCUCCCUCCCCCAUCCUCCCUCUCCCAUCCUCCUUCCACCUUCCUCCCUCCCCCAUCCUCCCUCCCCCAUCCUCCCUCCCUCUUCCUCCCUCCCCCAUCCUCCCUCCCCCAUCCUCCCUCCCGCAUCCUCCCUCCCCCAUCCUCCCUCCCCCAUCCUCCCUCCCCCUUCCUCCCUCCCCCAUCCUCCCCUCAGUCCCCCCUCAGGGCCUUCCUUGGCUUGGACCUUCCUUGGCUCUGUCAGCGACUACUGCUCUCGCAAUGCAGGUGAGGGAUGGGACAUGCAACCACAGGUGA